UCUUUCUCAUUAAUAAUGCAGAGCUGAGAGCUCCAACUUCCAACUUCCAACCCAACCCAACCCAUAUUAUCAUAUCAUACUAAUUCAGUUAAAUAUUCUCCAUAGAUUGACUCACUGCUACAUCUUCCAUCUUCCACACAAUGUGUGAGACCAACAGUUUUCGUCUCUGGCUUAUCCAAGUCGUGGUCCUGUCGGGCCUCCUCGCCCUUGUCCUGUGGCUAGCCUUACGUCCCAAGAACCUCACCUACACCGUCAUCAGUUUCAGCCUCCCGGCCACGUCUCCAGUCGACCCAGGUGAUGCUCAGAAUUCAGCCAUCUCCUUCGACCUGGAAAUUGAGAACCCUAACAACGGCUACGGCAUCUACUACAACGGCAUCAACAUGACAUUGUACUACAACGACGAUAUCCUCGGAGAAACGUUCCUCCCUGAUUUCUAUCAAGGCAAGGGUAAGACCAAGAAAAUCAGCCAAAGUAUUAACGCCGAUGGUCGGUUUCUGAAAAAGAUUUUCACGGCGAUAUCGAAUGCAACAGCAGAGACGAGGCUGGGGUUGGCGACUAGAAUUAGGUUUAAGUCAUGGACUGGGAAGACUAAGCCUCAUGGGAUGCAGUUGCAAGGGCGUAUUCCAGUCGGUUCGGACGGAAAGAUUGCGGGGAAGAAGAAAAUAAAGUUACAACAUGUGUCUAGGAAAUGGAAACUAAGAAAGAGCUACAGCUUACAUCAAUAUCAAUCUUAGAUAUUACUAUUUAAUUGGUUCUUCUUCUUCUUCCCUUUGAAUAUGAUGUAAGUUUUGAUCAUCCCAGCUACCAAAUAAGCACUAUACUAGCAGAAUUGUUUCUGUUGAUUUGUUUUUUCCCUCUUCCUGGCAGCUGGUUGGAGUGCCAAUUUAUCUGUAAAUUCGUUACUUGGGUUGGAAGAAGUAGAA